AUGGAUUUACAGAAAAGAAGGAUUCGGUUAUUCGUAAUUGUUGCCGCUGUUAUUGCUCUUAGCAUCACUGCUGAAAAAUGCAGGGAGCUUAUUGGUGAGGAGGGAUCAUCCCAAAGUGGAAAGUUCACGUUAUUAAACUGCUUUGACAUGGGCUCUGGAACUGUGGCAUGUGCUGUCAAGGAAGGCGUGAAGCUCUAUUUUUACAGUAUAAGAUCUACUCAUGUUGAAAAAGCAAGGCAACGAGCGAUCGAGUCUGCCCUUGUUGACGCUGUUAGUCAAGGGAUGUCCCCAACAGAUUCAGCUAAUCAUGCACAGAAAGAAAGUAAAAAGGCAGCAAAAUUGGCAUCCCGUCAAGCCAAACGGAUUAUUGGUCCCAUCAUCUCUUCUGGAUGGGACUUUUUCGAAGCUAUUUACUAUGGUGGUACACUCACAGAGGGGUUCCUUAGGGGUACUGGUACUUUGUUUGGUGCUUAUGGGGGAGCAUUCAUGGGGGAGCAAAGCCUUGGCAGAGUUGGCUAUCUUGUUGGAAGUCACAUGGGCAGUUGGGUUGGUGGCAGAAUAGGAUUAAUGAUUUAUGAUGUGUUUAAUGGAGUGCAUUUGUUGUUGCAAUUUGUUCAAACAGGCGAAAUUGAAGUUCAUAAAACACCUGUUAAUGAGAAUUUUGAUGCUCCAGAAACUUCCUUUGAUGGCCAAGUUCCUAUUUUUGAAAGCUCUGAAAGUUCCAGUUUAUAUGAACCACCUCCCUCUGAAAGUUCCAGUUUAUAUGAGUCAUCUCCCAGCGAUGAAACCAAUGCUUAUGAAUCUACUGAUUAUCAGAACUAUGAGUCAUAUGAAAAUUCUGAACUGUGA